AUUAAAAGUUCUUGUUAAAUGUAAACAAAAACUGUUUAAUUUUUAUAAAAAGUAAAAUUAUCAAAUAAAAUAUUUAAAAAAAGUUAAGUAAAUGCAACAAAGAUUCCACAUAAAGAUAAACUAAAAAAACGUUAAGCAGAAAAAACAAUAUGAAGUGUGCUGUGGGUAAAUGCAAGCAAAGUAAUAGUAUAAAAACAACUGUGUCAUUUUACAAUUUUCCAAAAGAUGUGACACAAAGAGAUUCUUGGAUAAAGUUUUGUAAUCGUGUAAGACCCAUAAAUGUUCAGAAGGAAAAAAUUUGUGCUUUACAUUUUAAAAAAGAAGAUUUUGAAAGAAAUUUAAAAUUUGAAUUGGGAUAUAGCCAGCGACGUACACCUAAAUUAAAACCAGGCGCUGUUCCCACCAUAGAGCCUUGCGAUACUACAACUAAGAUUCCAAAUAUAAAUGUUAAUGUAAUUCCAAAUGGAAAUGUUAAUACAAUUCCCAUUAAAACAGAAGCUUGCGAGGAUAUUGCAAUUAAAACUGAAAUUGAAUUAGGCGACGAGGAAAUCACACCAAUGACAACUACUAUUAAGGAAGACAACCUGCAGGAGUACAUAAAAACUUUGGAAAUGAACAUAGAUGUUUUAUGCAAGGAGAAUGAUGAACUGAAAAUUUUACAAAAUAAAUCGACAAUCAUAAUAAAAAAAAUUAACUCGUCAAGUUCAAAGCUUAAGUUAUGCAAAUGUAAAUCUGGAAAAUUCACUAAAACGUAUGUUUACAAAAGAUCAAAUAAAAAAACUUAAGAAUGGCGAUAAAAGGCAAAACUUUUCCGAAGAAGUUAUUAACCAGUCAAUGAUUUUGUAUUCAACAAGUGCUAAGGCUUAUAUGUUAUUAAGAAAAAAACAUUUUCCUCUUCCCUCGGUGAGAACAUUGCAAAGAUGGUCAAGAAAACAAGAUAUGUUAACAAAUCAAGUAUAUGGGAGAUAGUUUGAAUCUGUUAAACCAAUCUCACAAGAAGUAAUGCUGCAUGAAGUUUAUGUACAAAUAAAGCUACUUACUAUAAAAUAAA